AUGAGCCAUUACCACAACUGGAUCAACCCCAAGAUGAUUCUGAGCCGGACGAGCAACUUCGGCGUCGCGACGUACGACGCGGUUGUGAAGAUGAGGGAGGAUGGCAUCAUCAGCGGGGAGGAGAACGGCAAGGCGCUUUUGGAGCUUCCCCCCGAUGUGCUUGAGCUUGAACAGCCGUUGGGUCAGUCGCUUGCGUUGCCGGCUGUUGCUGAGGAAUAUGCUCUUACCGAGAAUGUAGAAGUCGGGUUCUAA